AUGGAUUUAGAUUCAGUAGAUAUGGCAAAGGUUGAGUGUUAUAGCUGUCACGCCAUGGGACAUAUGGCAGACAAAUGUCCCAAAGGACACAAGAGGAAACCCUUCAACAACUCAAGAAAUCGCCCUAAUAACUCUGAUCGCCGGAGACCUAACUUAUUACUCAUGGAACAUCUUCCUUUCUUUCUGUCAGACCUUCUUUCUCUUGACUCGUUUGUUUCUCCGUUUCAAGAUCACGAACUACAGGAAGAAACCCCUUUUAUUACCCCUUUCUCUGACGCAGAUGGCAAAGUCUACAGAGCGUCGCAAGAAUCAUCUGAAAGCCUAGAUGGACCAACUGAGGAUGGUCAAAUCGAUCUGGAAGAAUACAAAAAUCACUACCUCGAAGCACUCCGAGAUAUCGAACCCGAGACCCUGCUCAACUUAAACAAAGAAAGAGAGGCAGUAGCUAGAGUAAUCAAAGACGCAAAUGACUUUUGCUGUUGUAGGUCUUGUAAAGCCUAUGGAAACGAGGAUAGUCCACCCACCACCUCAAGCGGUAUAAGCUAUUUUGAUCUGACGCCUCAAGAUUUCAACACUUCCAAAAAAAGGACUCACCUCGACAGUCCGAAAGAACAGGAACCAGGCUGUGACCACGACGUCUUUAGUAUAGAUAUGAAGACUGAGAACCUCAAUCCCGAGAAGAAAACCAAACUGGAACUUCCCGUGAUUGACGGAUAUCGAUACACUACAAUUCGGACACCUUCUCCAUCGAAUGGCCCGGAUCCCGUAGAACUAGCCGAACGUGAACUAGUUAACGUUGAGACGUGGAGCCACAUCCUCAACACCACUUACACCAGUUGGGCCGACAGGGACGACUUUGAUUCCGUCUGCACCCCAGACGAAGAAAACUCAAGUACCGCUGCCGUAGAGUCUCGUGGUAGCAUCAUGAGUGACGCUCACUCAAAUCUCACCGACUACAAAGACCCGGGACCACAGGCCAUCAAUCUCCCUUCCCUUUCAUCCUCGUUACAUGAUUUAUCAGUUGUUGACAUCGAGUCAAGUUCCUUAUCUGAACACAACGGAUUAACUCGACCGAUCCUCGAUGACAAUCCACAUCUCGCCUCCCACGAGGAGGACGGGAAGACCUCCCUACCAAUCUAUCCUGUUUGA